UGUCUGACGGGGAGUGGGAGCAGGGGUGGGCUUGGAUUCUGGACCGCCAAGGACCUGGGGCCUCCUGUGAGUGCUGCGAGCAAAAUGAUGUAGUCAGAUGCCAUCCAGGAUCUGCGAUAAUUAGUAAGAGUUUUCCUGAACCUCUUUUCACUAUAAUAAGAAAGAGGGGGGAGGGAGUGAGAGCUAAAGCUCUCGGUGUUCAGGUUAAAUGUUAACUCCUUUGUGUAGUUAACAACUAACUCACCUUUUUCUUUUGCAAAAAGUGAAAAGAGAAGGAGGAAACACAAUGCAGCAGGAAUCACCUAACUUAAAAAAAAAAAAAAAAUCCCAUUUGCUUUUGUGGUUGCUUGUGUUCGAGGUGAUACCUACGCAGCAAUUAGAAAGAUGUCUGCAAACUUGAACCUCGGACUGCAGACUCACCUCUGUGCGCUCCCCGUGUGGCUUCGGCAGGGUUCUCAGAGCCUUAGCUAUUUUCGAACACAUUCCUAGUUUAGCCAUUAGAAAAUUAUGGGUUUUAUUUGUAUAAACUCAGCGGCUAAAACAGCACUUCCAGAAAGGUGGGUGAGCUCAUCGCCGCCGUCUGAACCAGGCAAGUUAAUGACCUGCCCAGCAUUGUUUGUGCGGCCAGCGCUGGCUGGCUGACUUCACCCGCGUUUCCACUUGAAGGGAGACAUUGUUUCCUUGGCUGCACUUGUCAGAUGCUUUUCUCUUCGGCACACCAGCCUUUGCUAAAUGUCCUAGCUGUCCCUGAAUGUGCCCGCCGGGACCCUGUGAAGCCGAAGAGCCAGGGGCUCUUGGCUUUGGGCCUCAGUGCAAGUCCAUUGGAAAAGGCAGCUGCAACAAUCUAGUGGUCAGCAGCAGUGCCAUGAUGGUUCAGCGACUGGGACCCAGUUCACCUCCAGCAAGCCAGGUCUCUACAGCAUGCAACCAGAUCAGGCCUAGCUUACAGAGGGCACUGAAUGCUGCCAGCCUGCAUGUACCUCCUUCAGAUACCAGGUCCCUUAUUUCUCGGGAGUCUUUCGCAUCCACGACUUUGAGUCUGACAGAAAGUCAGUCAGCCUUGACUGUGAAGCAAGAGUGGUCCCAUGGCUACAGGGCUCUCCCGUCGCUGUCCUCCAGCCACAGCUCCCAGAACGGCAUUGAUCUAGGGGACCUCAUUGGCCUUCCUCCUGGGACAGCCAUGUCCAGCAAUAGCGUCUCCAACUCCUUGCCGUCCUACCUUUUCAGCAUGGAAAGCAGCCACUCUCCUUACCCGAGUCCCCGGCACUCGUCGGCCAGGUCCCACUCCGCCCGCUCCAAGAAGAGAGCGCUGUCGUUGUCCCCGCUGUCCGACGGCAUUGGGAUAGACUUCAAUACCAUCAUCCGCACGUCGCCCACGUCGUUGGUCGCCUACAUCAACGGGUCGAGGGCCUCCCCGGCCAACAUGUCCCCCCAGCCCGAGGUCUAUGGGCACUUCCUGGGGGUGCGUGGCAGCUGCAUCCCCCAGCCGUGCUCGGUGCCAAGCAGCCAGAAGGGCGUGCGGGUGGCCAGCGGCGGCCCGGCUCUCCCGGCCUACGAGGAGGACGGCCUGCUGGAGUACGAGCGCAUGCAGCAGCUGGAGCGCGGAGGCCUCCAGCCAGGGCCGGUCAACAACAUGGUGGUGCAGCACGGCCUGCCCAACCCCGACAGCCAGCCAGGGGGCCUGCUGAAGACGGAGCGCCUGGAUGAUUUCCCGGGUGGCGCCCUGGAUCUGCCCCAUGAACCCCCCCUGCCUCCUCUGCCCCCGCCUCCCCAGGGCCCGCCGCCGCCCUACCACUGUCACCCCCAUGCGCACCACCAGGAGCUGGUAGCCCGUGCCCAGCCGCUGGCCCUUCCCCAGGCUGCCUUGGAGGAAGACGGGGAGAUGGAGGACGUUGGGGGCAAACACUGCUGUCGCUGGAUCGAUUGCAGCGCCUUGUACGACCAGCAGGAGGAACUGGUGCGGCACAUCGAGAAGGUCCACAUAGACCAGCGCAAAGGUGAAGACUUCACUUGCUUCUGGGCCGGCUGUCCUCGAAGGUACAAGCCAUUCAACGCCCGGUAUAAACUGCUCAUCCACAUGCGAGUGCACUCCGGGGAGAAGCCCAACAAGUGCACGUUUGAAGGUUGCAAGAAGGCCUUUUCCAGGCUUGAGAAUCUCAAGAUUCACUUGCGGAGCCACACAGGCGAGAAGCCGUAUCUCUGCCAGCACCCGGGCUGUCAGAAGGCCUUCAGUAACUCCAGCGACCGUGCCAAGCACCAGAGGACGCAUCUGGACACUAAACCUUAUGCUUGUCAAAUUCCAGGAUGCACCAAACGCUAUACAGACCCAAGUUCCCUACGAAAGCAUGUGAAGGCACAUUCUUCCAAAGAUCAACAAGCAAGGAAAAAGUUGCGAUCCAGCGCAGAACUCCACCCCGACCUGCUCUCGGACUGCCUCACCGUGCAGCCCCUGCAGUCGGCCCCCUCCCCGCACGACGCUGCUGCUGACGGGGCAGUGGGAUGCUCCCCCGGGCCGGGGCCUGACCUCUAUCCAGCCUCCAUCUUCUCCAGCAGUCAUUCAGGCCGAAGCGGAGCAGCUGCCGGGGCCGUGCCUCCCCCGCACGCCGUCGGCCACCCUUCUCCGGGACAGAACGUGCAGGGGAGCCCCCACAACCCCGCCUCCCAGUUACCCCCGCUCGCAGCUGUGGACGCGGGAGCCGAGAGGUUUGUACCUUCUGCCCCAUCUCCUCACCACAUCAGCCCCCGGAGAGUUCCAGCUCCUUCUUCAGUGAUGCAGAGAACGCAGCCUCCGCACACCCAGCCGCCUGCAGGUGGGCCACACCUGAAGUCUUACCAGCCGGAAACAAACUCUUCCUUUCAACCAAAUGGAAUCCAUGUCCAUGGAUUUUAUGGGCAGCUGCAGACAUUCUGCCCGCCCCAGUACCCCGACUCCCAGAGAACCGUGCUGCCCAGCAGCCCCUGCGGUGGGGCGCCUUCCUUCGAGGACUGCCUGGCCCCCACGCCCAUGGGGCAGGCCGGCUUUGAUGUGUUCCACAGAGCCUUCUCCGCUCACUCGGGCAUUGCAGUGUAUGACCUGCCCUCGGCGUCCUCGAGCCUCUUCGGAGAGUCCCUUCGCAGCGGGCCUGAAGACGCCACGUUCCUGCAGAUCAGUGCCGUGGACCGCUGUCCUAGCCAGCUCUCCUCUGUCUAUACUGAGGGCUAAACGCUCGCCUGGCCUCCGCUCCCGCUGGCAUCCGGAACCUUUGUGUCGCUUGUCGCCUUUUCCUUUCCCGUCCUCGUAGGCUGCGUGGGGAGGAUGUCCUCCCCCUCGCGGAGGCUGCAGACUCACAGCUGUGCCUCUGGAAGGCAGGGCGGGUCGGAGCCGGGCGUCGCAGGAAUGUCUGCCGCGGCUGCGCCUUCUCUCUGGGCUCGCUGGUGACCAGCAGGACUGUCUUCUCAAAGGGAAUUUAGAGUCGCUCUCCCGGACACCUGUGACUUCCGGCUGUCAGCUCAGAGGACACCAGUGAAAUGAUGCGUGUGUGCAGAUACAGUCUGGGGACCCCCGUUGCCCAGACUCCAGAUAGGGAAGGACAAGCCAGAUUGCCAGAAGCACAGUGAACUGCUCCCCCACCGCUCACCAUCCCCGCUGGCUCCCGCGAAACCAGGCACCGAGGGAAACCUGCCGCCAAAGCAACAGCGUGGGCUCAGCUCCUGGAGCAGCCCCGGUUCCUGGCCCCGGCCCCAGCCUGGCAGCCCCAGGAGCGGCUGCCUCUCUCCUCGCACCAUGCCCGUGCUAACCAACUGCUUUGCAAUAUUUCUCCAAAAGCAAAAUAAGAAGGUUCUGUGAAGCACAGUCCUUUGAAAGGCACUACAGCUUUUUUAUAUUCCAGCAACUUAUCUUCGUUCUUUUAUUUUUAAAGACUUGUUAUUUACGUCUACUUUUAAAGGAAAAAAGUAUAUAUAUAGUGGUCUGUUCUUUGGAUGCAAAGAAUUCUUGUAAUCACCCCAGUCACGUCCAUUUUGCCACCGCUGUAGCUGGUCCUGGCCCCGCCUCACCGUGCCUGUGAGCCCCCCCUGGGACGGGAGUUUCCUAUUUCACAAAAGCCACCCGAGGGAAACGGGCUGAGCCCAGCCCCCUCCCCGGGGCUGUAGCAGAAAGGGACUCCACCUCGAAGACCUCGUUCCACGGAAAAGAUCGCUCGACUGCUUGUCCCAUUGCCUCCGCUCGGCGCUGUGCCGAGUCGUCCUCUGUAGAAGAUGGGAGAGCAGGGCCCCCUGAGCUGAGAUCUUGGGUUCUCUCAGAAAACCAGACUAGAGGUGCCCGAUGUCCAGUGAUUGCGCACAGCUUCUGCUCACCUCCUUUCGGAUACCUGCUCACCCGUCUGUCUGUCCCUCCCCCGCACUGUCCUCUCCUCCUCAUUAUUCUCACCUCCUGCUCGUCUGCCUUCAGUCAUGCCCACCCGCCCUCGCCUGAUCAGCUCUCGCAAGGUCGCCCUGAGGCAGGUAGAGGGAAAGUUCAGGGAAGGUAAGCAGACGUUCACUUUUUUCCUGAAACUCUCAUUCGAGGGCCUGGAAUGUUCACAGAGCGCUUGGUCGUUUGAUAGCAACCCUGAGUAGGGAGCCACUUUCUGGGAUGUGUUUACAAAGCUCUUAAAAAGAUCUAAAGUCUGACCCAUAGGCCCUAAAAAGUAGGCAAACCCCAAAGACACGGGGUAAAGCCUGAUAUUCCAGGAAUGUCACAUUUCAUUUUCUUUCCUCUCGAAAAAUCAAGCAGAGCUCUUUGCCCCACUGACAUCAUUACAGUCUCCAGGGAGGGUUCACGGGCGCGGUGUCAGGCUUGGGAUCUGGGGACCCUUUGUCUCCCGACAGGCAAGUCGUUGCAGUCGGGCUGCGCGGCUGGACCUGAUCCCCACGUGCCACAGAGUGAGGGGACUGACGAGCCACGCAUGGGGGCCGCUUUUCCAGGACCCGCGGUCAGUCCACUCCCUCGGACUCGUGAGCUCUGAUCUGAGAAAGGCCACCGUGUCCUGAGCUGCACAGGAGGGAGGUCACUCGCUUUACAAAACUCUGCUCCGCUUUGCGAGGGAAGGCUCCCAGGCUUCCCAGUCUGCGGGUGGGCUGCCAGCGUCCUUGCAGACUCGGUGGGUUCUGCCCCUUGGUCUAAACCAGGACACGGGCAUGCUAGUGUUGCCGUCCCUCGUGUGUCCUGUGUCCCCCCUGGAAGGGGAGGCGAGUUCCCGUAGCCUUAGACACCGUGCCGGGCCUUAAAUAGGGAAGCCUCUCGGAGGAGCUCAGAACGUACUUCCUAUUUUGUGUGACGAGGAGGAAAAAGAUGAAAAGCCAGGGGUUUACUGCAGUGGCGGGAGCCCUGCCUUGUGGCUUGUAUCGCGUGAAGUGGACGGAAGGCGAGCCUCAGGCAUUCUGGAUGUCACUUCCUCUCUGGCUGGGGGAGAUGUUCCGCCCCAGUGUCGGUCUGACCCUGGCCUCGCGGCAGCCCCGCUUCUGGGGCGUCGGCGGGGAGCUGCACCUGCAGGGCCUCCUUCCUCAGCAGGAAGGAGACCGGCCCGGGGGGCACUGGUGUGAGCAGAGGGGGUGCGCGGGAAGCGGGGCCCAGCGCGGCCUGCAAGCUCGCGUCCCCUCACGUGGCCGUCGGUGUUUCCUGGUGGCUGCGACUCUGAGCUCGGCUCUCAGGGCCUGACGCGGUCAGGUUCCUGGGAGAUGGCGCGGGCCGUCCGUCGCUUCCAGAAUCUCACCCCACCUUCCUGUGAGUCCCUUGCCGGCUUUCACGGGGCCCAGGGUUCAGAGAUGCGUCCAUCAUCGUGUGUGCAGCAGUGAAAGUAGAAGCGUCAGGAAAUUCAUUCCCUUCCCUUUCCUGGCCCUUUUCUACUUGGUAUAACCAGCCAUUUUCAUAAAUAUCUGAGCAGAGAUUGUCAUUCCGCCUUUUUGAAAAAAAAAAACAAAAUAACAACAACAACAAAAAACAAAACCGGUGCUUGCGAAAAUACACAAAGCCCAAAGCCAAUUAUCCUAUUACAGUAAAAAAAAAAAAAAAAAAAAAUCAGUCUGUCGAGAGACAUUUCGUUUGCGGCAUCGUCUUAAUUCCCUAAAGGGGCCGCCUCAAAAUGUCAGCUGUAAUUUAGCCGCCCAUCAGCUGCUAAACAUUAUUAAGGAUUGCACUGGUCCUGUGGGGUGUCUCCCUUCACUAAACCCCAUCUCCCCCAGGUUGCAUAGGUGAUUCAAAAGCAGACGAAGGCCUUCAGAGAACCCACUGAUAGAGCGGAGUGUUGGUGGUGUGUUGUUUUUAAAUUCCCCGCUGUCAGGCGCGUUCCUAGGUUAGAGCAGAGGUAAAGGGCCAACUCCCCCGCCCAAGAACCUUGAUCCUCAAGUCACCUUGAAGUAUCGGGAAUAGUGACUGUGAAUGUCCAGUUUAAUUAUUUGGUAUUUUAUUUGACUGUUUGUGAUGUGUUCUAGCAGCAUUUUGGAAUGGCACUUUUUGUUGGUGGUGCGGGAUUUCCGCGGUUACUUUUUUCUUUUUCUUUCUUUCUUUUUUUCUUGCAAUGGAUAAAGCAAAAGAAAAAAAAAAACAAACACCAAAAACCAGUCAUUGGAGAAAUGGCGAAUGUAAAAAAGACGAGGAUUUAUUGUGUACAGACAGAAGACCAUCCUGUGUAAUGUUGCUGACAUAAAGCACUUUGGGGGGGAAAAGUGGAAAUCUGGUUUCCAUAAAUCACACAGACUCUUGUACAUGGCUAUACACUCACGUAGAGAAAUGAACUGCAUAUAUCAUACUGGAUAUGGGGCUGAUUUUUCUUUCGGGGCACAUCUGGUGCUUAUUGUCAUAAAUCUUUUAAAGAAUUAGGUACACUUUUUUUCUAUUAAUAUGUAUAGUUUUGUGAUUUGUCACAGUUAUGUUUCGUAUAAUCAUAAGUUAUUUCGUCUUGUUCAUGAAGUCCUUUUUUUUUUUUUUAAUGUCAAAAGUAAAAUGAAGGGAUUGUGCCCUUGGUACAGAAUAAAACUGGAACUGGAGAAAACCGCC